GUUAAGAAUGAACUCUGAAGACCCUGAGCUGGCAACUUACCUUCAAAAUCAAGGCAGCAGGUGGAUCUUUAACCCUCCCCACUCCUCACACAUGGGUGGAGUGUGGGAGCGGAUGAUAGGAGUUGCUCGCAGAAUAUUGGAUGCACUGCUGCUUAAGGCAAAAACACUCCACCUGACUCAUGAGGUUCUGGUUACGUUCAUGUCUGAAGUCAUGGCCAUUAUGAACGCCAGACCUCUGGUUCCUGUGUCUUCUGAUCCAGAUGCGCCCACUAUCCUGUCACCUGCCAUGCUCUUGACACAGAAAACUGAGCCAGUGUUGCCACCACCAGGAGAGUAUGACCCAAAGACCUCUACAGAAAGCAGUGGAAGACAAGUCCAGGCUAUGGCUGAUGGAUUCUGGAAACGCUGGCGUCAAGAGUUCCUGGUGUCACUUCAACCAAGGCGAAAGUGGCAUGUGGAGAAGCCGAACCUGACUGAAGGAGAUGUCGUGCUUCUUAAAGAUGCACAAGUUAAAAGAAAUGAGUGGCCUGUAGGAGUGGUGGUGAACGCCAUUUCUAGCAAAGACUCUAAAGUCCGCAAAGUAGAUGUUAAAGUAGUCAGACAUGGUACUCAGAAGAUGUACACUAGGCCUGUUUCAGAGGUUGUAUUGCUUGUAAAAAACGAGUAG